UAAACAAGGAAGCGGGGUGACUGACACAUGUUUCCAAUGAUUGUGAGCACACGCUCCAUCAUUACUUUUUCAUUCUGUCCUCAAACAGAACAGAGGCAACAUGAGGCUGUGGGCCGCCGUGCUGCUCGCUCUGCUCGCUUACACUUUUGCUGCAGAAGAGUCGUGUAUGAACCGCUGUGAGAAUGGCUUUGACUCUCUGAAGACGUGCCAGUGUGACUCCAUGUGCAAGUAUUACAAGAGCUGCUGCUCCGACUUUGAGGUCACCUGCGGCAUGACAACUCGUGGAGACACAUUUGUGUUGGCGGAGGAUGAUGAUGAUGUGACGUAUGAAGACUCCACUGCACCGCCUGGACGUUCAGCCCAGGACCACUCAGUCUCUGUUACCGCUCGUCAGCUGAGGCCCACAAAGCAGCCCGCCUCAGACUUCAGCCGGAGACCACAACGACGUCCAGAAACCACUCUACAGAUGACCAGACCCCCUCGGCUGAUGGACGCCACCACUGCUACACAGGAAACAACCUUUUCACAGACAGUCCCGCCCACGCAGCCGGCCCCCAGCACAAUGAAACAGAAUCAACCUGAUGCAGCAGAUGAGUCGACCACAGUCCCCGUCACACCCGCCACCACUGCAGCCCCCGACCCGGACGCUGUGGCCUGCAGCGGGAGGCCUUUUGACUCAUUCAUGCAACAGAAAAAUGGCUCCAUAUACGCCUUCAGAGGGGACUACUUUUUUGAGCUGGACCAGAAGUCAGUUCUCCCUGGAUAUCCAAAGCUCAUAAAGGAGGUGUGGGGCAUCAGCGGGCCGAUCGAUGCUGCCUUCACCCGCGUCAACUGUCAAGGGAAGACUUAUAUCUUCAAGGGAAACAAGUACUGGCGGUUUGAUAACGGCGUGCUGGAUGAAGACUAUCCUCGAGAUAUCAGCGUGGGCUUUGACAAAAUUCCUGAUCACGUGGACGCAGCGUUUGCUCUGCCUGCUCCGGGUCACAAUGGAAGAGAGAAGGUCUAUUUUUUCAAAGGUGAUCAGUAUUACACGUAUGAGUUUUUGCACCAGCCGUCCCACGAGGAGUGUGUCACCAUGUCUGAGAGGUCUCCCUCCGCUCUGUUCAGACGCUACACUGACGUUUACUACAACAACUAUGAACGAAUCAUCAGUGAGCUCUUCUCUAGCUUGCCGCAGCAUCACGACAAACACCACUUCAUUGACAAAGACUGGAAGGGCCUCAAGUCUCCAGUGGAUGCUGUCAUGGCCGGCAGAAUGUACGUUCCCCCCCGGAGGCCCGCACGCCGCCGAAACGACCAGCAGUGGGGUCAGCAGCAGGGCCAGCAGUGGAACCAGCAGUACCAGCAGUAUGGACAGCAGUGGGACCAGCAGUACGGACAGCAGUGGGGCCGUAGGAGACAGAGCCGUUCGCCCUUCUGGGGGUCCACGGCCGAGCGGGGGAUGAAUAUGGGACAGAACUUUGCAGAGAUGGGGAUGGAAAUGGGUCUGAGGUUGGCAGAGAGGAGGAUGGAGAUGGAGGAGAGGCUCGGACGAGACUGGGACAGACGGUGGGAUCAAGACUGGGACCAGGACAGACGGAGAGACGGUUACCGCCAGAACAACAGAGGCAACUACGACUCCAGAAAUGACAGGUGGCUGUGGGAGUCGGUCCAGGGGAGCCAGCCCAUCCAGACCGUCUACUUCUUUAAAGGAGACACAUACUACAGAGUGGACCUCAGGACCAAGAGAGUGGACCCCGCCUCGCCUCCGUAUCCCAGAUCCAUCGCCAAGUACUGGCUCGGCUGUACAGCCACCACCGGGGCUGAGAAGUAGUUUGAAAUGUUUAAAGUUUUGGGGCUGGAUCUGUAUAUAACAGAUCGUUCUUUAUACCUGAAACAGGCUGUUAAAAGUGUGUAGCACUAACUGCUUGUCAACUUUAGCAAAUAUUGGAGAUCAAUGCCAGACCGCACACAGCUGCUCUUCACCUCAACAUGGCCAAAGUUCAACUGGUUAAUCCAGGUCAUCUUAUCUGUUCUCAACAACAGCUGACCUACUUAAUAAACACAAGUCUAAUAACAAUAAGCUCCACUCAGAUAGCAAAGGUGAACUUUCAGCAGUCUGGAAGUUAAUUUUAGGCUACAUUUACAUUUAACACACACACAUAUGCAAAAAAAAAAGCUUAUUUACAACAUUGAUAAAGUUUUAUGCUUUACAGAGUCACAUUUCUUGGUUUUCAGUGUCAUAUCAUAAUAAUAAUUCAGGAGUGCACCUAACAGAGAUCCACACAGUUAGUUAUUCAGUGAUGGUUUCUAAAUCAUGUAUCUACGCAUUAUAAAAUGUUUAUUUUCUCCUUAUUAAUCACAAGCAUAUAUACAGCGAAUAACAAUAUAGUUUUACAACACAGGGUUAAUGAGACUUUUCAUCACCAAGGGCUCAUAAAAAUGUGGCACAUGCUCGUACAGAUUAUCUUUUGAAUAAUGAAGUAAGUAAAACCCCUAAAUUGCGAUAAUGUGGUUUUUACCCGACAGCAGCAUCAUGUGACCGUCAUAGCCGAGGUCAGAGAGCAGUGACAGGCCGACUCUGACUGAAUGUCACAGAUGGGAAAACACCUUCUUACUAAAUAUAUAAUAAUACACUAUAAUACACUGAACAAAACAACCCUGUUGAACACGUGUUCCUGAUUCAGAGUGAGUCACAUUUGAUUGCAUAUUUGCAACCUGUUACAGUCUGUUCUUACCUGUACUUUCAUCCAUGACAAAUAAAAACAUGA